CCAUUUGCCACCGGACGCGUGUAGUACUUUUCCCAUCCGUUCAAAAUCGCCCGUGUUUCUUGGAGAAAAUUUAUAAUCUGCCUACGAUAGAUUGUUCGUUGUUUUGCCUCGCUCCGGGUGGUCCUAAAAGGGAAAGAAAACUCGAGAACAUUUAAUUAAACUUAAUGAAGGACAUCAUUCCCGCCGAAGCCAUCGCGCUCACGAUCCAAACUGAUGAGGGUGCCACGAACUUUGGGGGGGCUCAGUGAUUUGUGAUAUUUAGUUGGUGGGUGGCCCUGGCCUGGUUAUUGUUUGUCCGGAUCUUCGGACAUCGUUGGACGAAAGGUUGUUUAUAUUAGUGAUUAGUUACUCGAAUGCUACUGCUGAUGAGAAUUCAUCUCCGCCAUUAUGUUUACCCUUUUGGGAAAAUCCAUCACUUACCGUCCCUUGGGUCGAAAGCAGAGGCCUAGUACUGUUCGGAUUAGGGCAAUGUCCGGAUUCUUCCAAUGAGUGAAAGAAGCGAACGAAGAAGAACCAUUCUCUCCUGAUCCUUCGGAGAACUGAAACCGAAAGAUGUGAAUUAAGCAGCUUUCAACGACGAAAGUUUCUGUUCCCAGUGCCCAGUUCGAGUCGGAGACGGUUGAGCGGUGGGCCGUAAGUGAAAAAGUAGGCAAAAGUCGCCCUCAAACUAACAGAGGCCGGAAAGUUUGUGCCUUGCGGAGUUUGCAUGUUUCCGAGUGCGUCGUCGUCUCCGUUCGGAGGGACCCAGCUGGGCAAACGAGGGGUAGUGACAAAGGAAUACGAUUUAUAUCAAUAUCCCCGCUCUCAGCCCGCCAGCCACAGUCCACACCUCAUCGUUGUCAACCGGUGUUUUUCAGUCUGAGUGAGCAGAGUAUUUCUGGGGAGUGAAGCAGCGAACCGAAUUGAAAUAGCACACCCCCUCGAACGUGAAUCAGCUUCAGUGAUUUUACUUUAUUUGGUGAAAGGAUUUGUUAGCGGUUGGCCUGGAGUGGCGGAAAAGGCCGAAGAAUGCUGGUGAAAAUUGUCGUGGGAAUUCUCAGCCGGAUACUGAUCCUGACAGGCGUAUUUCCACUUCAGCUCAAACGCAUCCACAUACCGUCCUACAAAUUUAGAGGUGGCUCCGCUCAGCUGGAAUGCGAAUACGAGCUGAAUGGAUCGAGGAAUCACCCCGAAAACGUCCAUCGAGGAAGCCACCCACGAAACCGGUACGACAUCUAUCGAGACGAUUAUUACAACGAUGGAGAUCGUGACGGACUCGGGGGAUCCGGUGGGGAAAAGAUCUACUCCGUCAAGUGGUACAAGGAUAAUGAGGAGUUCUAUCGGUAUAUCCCGUCGGCGAAUCCACCGAUUAAAAGCUACAAGAUCGAAGGAAUCCGUGUGGACGCGGAUCAUUCCAACCAUACGAAAGUAACGCUGAGGAUGUUGACCUUGAAGUCAUCUGGACUGUAUCGGUGCGAAAUAUCUGCCGAGGCGCCCAGUUUUGAUUCAGUACAAGGCGAGGGACGGAUGGAUGUGAUAGUAAUCCCCAAAGAUGGACCCACCAUCAGCGGCGACAGUGAGCGCGACUCGUACCACAUGGGCGAAACUUUGGAGCUCAACUGUACUUCCGGUCGGUCCUAUCCGGCCACCACCCUGCAGUGGUACAUCAACGACGAUCUGGUCAUGGAACCGAGCAUGUUGGUGAGCUAUCCACGCUUCCAGAACCCACACGGGCUCAUCACCAGCUAUCUGGGGCUCAGUGUGGUGGUGGGACCCCACCACUACCUGAACGGCGAGAUGAGAAUCAAGUGCAUGGCCAGCAUGUCACCGGUGCUGUGGAGCGGGGGCCAGGAGAGUGUGCUGCAACAUCCCACCUUCGAUCAUCGGGAGGCAAUGCUGUUGGUGAGGAGUUUUGGCAUUCUUAUGCGAGGCAGCAGUUCCACCAUUUUGGCAGCGUUGGCAAUAUUCUUGCUAAUAAUUUCGUGAUAUAAAAGUGCAUAAGUCAAUCGAUUCUCCAGGAGUAAUAUAAUUGUAGCAACUAAGUUCAAUCGAGUGUUGUUUGCGGGUGAGCAUAAUUAGGUUCGCAUUUGUUGCUUGGUAUAAAUUGCAAAAAAAAAAAAUAGAAAAGACGACAUUCUUAGAAAAAAGUAUCGUAGAUGUGUAAAUAGUAGCAAAUCAAAUCAAGCAAAUUUUUGUGAGUACCAUCGAAUAAGUGAUCAAAAAAGAUAUAUCAAUAAAAGCCACAAUCUUUUGUAAUAAA